AUGGACAUCUUUAAUGUUGUCCUUAAACAACAAUUUCUUGAAAUAGAUAAUAUUUCGGUUGAUGAAAGAUUCAAUAAGGAAAAUUAUCAUGUUCAUAGUAGCUUGCUGAUUCUUAUAAUACACAAGGCUUUGAGUACUUGCAAGAGGACUUGCAGUAGGAAGAAGGUUGUGAAUACUUUCCAGACAAACCCAUGGUAUGAUGAAGAGUGCAAGGCAACCAAGAGAUCUUUGAAAGGGAAAGAUUUGAACAAAGAAAAUAAGAAGAGGUAUACAAAACUAAUUCAAGCUAAAAUAGAAGAAUAUGUAAAGGCAAGAAGGAAGGAGUUAAUCUCUCUCCGUAAAUACAAUCCCAAAGAUUUUGGAAGGAAUUGUAGCAAAGGAGAAAACAAAUUGAAAACAGUAUUACAAAUGCCUAGUGGUUUGAAUAUGCAAAGCUUCUUUAUGAGUAGUUACAGGAGCAAAAUUUUCCUCCCAGUGUCCACUUCGGUGGAGUUAUUCACGCUGGAUGAUAUCAAGCAGGGAAUAAAGAGUUUAGCAAAUGGUAAGGCGAGUGAUAUUGACGGGCUUCAAGCGAAAUUUUUUAAGUGGGGACCUGAGCUUCUCGCUCCUCACAUAAAGGGAAUUUUCAAUAUUGUCAUUCGAGAUAGUUUUCUGGUGGAUUGGACAACUAGUGUGGUUAUUCCUCUCUUUGAAAGCGGGGAUAUCAACAAACCAUCUAACUACCACACUAUUAUGGUCAACCCUCUUCUAGGCAAAUGUUUUAGGAGCAUGGUGGAGAGUAGAAUCAGCGGUAGGGCAAAGGUGGAAGGAAAAAGGGCCAAAGGUCAAGCUAGUUUCAGACCUAGGCAUUCCACCAUUGAUCAUUGCAUUAUGCUUCGACAUUUGAUAGAGAAAAUAUGGGACAAUCAAUGGGAGGAAGCAUAUUGUUGUUUUGUGGACUUUAAGAAAGCGUUUGACAUGGUGCCUAAAGACAAACUAUGGAAUAGAAUGGAAGAUUUGGGUAUCCCUAAUAUGUAUAGAGCAGCUGUUCGUAGACUAUAUGAGAAAGUUAGAGCUAAAAUCAAAACUAGUGAAGGAAUGUCAGUGUCUUGGUAG